AUGGCGAUGACGCUGACGGUGCGGCGCCGUGCGGUGUGCGCCCUGGCAGUCCUCGCGCUGCUGUGCGGCUGCUGCCCCUCCUCCGCGUGGGCGGAUCUUUCCGCGGGGACUGGCGCGGUGGCAAGCCCACCGCGGUCGGAGAAGUGUAAAAUGAGGGUGCCGGUGGACGUCUCAUGCCGGGGGAGCGGAGACAAUUUAAGGAUUCGAGUGCGUGGGAAUGCGACGUGGGUGGCUUGUGAGUUGGAGGAGGAAGACCGCAGCAACUUGACCAACACACAGCACGUCCUCGCCAAGUGGAAGGAGGCGGGGUACACCGUCGAAGGCUCUGAAGUGAAUUCCUGUGACUCUGGCGUGGACCACACUGAGGCCGCUUGCAUUGCGGCCGAGUUUCUCUACGCUUCCCAUGGGUGCAGCGCCAGUUGUGGAAAACAAAGCACGACAGGGGAAACUGUGGCGUUCACGAUGGGCUUUAUGGACCAUGAAGGAGGCGAGCUGUAUAGGGAGUGGCAGCAGGUAAAAUCUGCAGUUAGUGGAGGUGCGCAGAGCAACGCAGAUGGCCGCACCGGUGUUUCUGGCGAGGCGGGCGUUUGCGCGUUGACGGCGGCCCGUGAAGGGAGCGAUGAGGGGCCUGCCGUUGUGCUCACUGGCGAUGCGGAACGCAGUGCUGCUGCGGCCCCGGGGGCUGUCGAAGGGCCGCCCGCACACGGCGUUGACAAUGCAAAGGCGGCGGCUGAAACUUUGGUCGCCAGCGACGCGCUACCCGAGCCGAAUGCACAGCCACAGGCGGGAGAUGGCUUGGCGCAAAGCGGCGUUGACGGUGCCACGGGGAAAACGAAUGCGGCAAAAGGCAGCGAAGAAGAGGGACGCGGUGUGGAACCCCAAGCUGCGAUUGAAGCCGGCAGUGACUCGACAGCCCUCUCGCAGCCCACUGCCGCAGUCGCUGGUGCGAAGGACGGCGUUCCCGCAUCUGCCACAGUCCCCGCAGCCAAUGCAGCAGCCUCCGGGAGCGAAGCGCCAAGCAACGCGGACGGGAGCGACGCCGCAGCCACUCUGUUUGUGCCCGCGCAGCUGCCGCUUCUGCUGCUCGCGGCAGCCCUUGCCUGCGCUGCUGGGCAGUGGUGA